AUGGUGGUAAAUGCUAUUCCACAUCAACUUCUUAAAAGAACUACUACCUUUAAUCAAUGUCCUCCUAUAAACCCUGGAGAACAACCACCACCUCAACUUAAUGUCGUACUUUCAUCUGAUCCUACUCCAAUAGGUGAUCCAACUACCGCGCCAACCGACCCUAAAACACCAUUUUCUCAAGUAUUGAAUGUUAUUGUGCCAGAAACAUUACCUGAUCCAUACGGUAUUGUAGCUGUUGUUGUAAAUCCAAAAGCUGGUGAAGUUACAGGCUGUGCAUUAAGUAUUGUUGGUUCUGCCAAAUCUCCAGAUCUUGACUAUUAUCCCAUCCCAUUAUAA